AACUUUACUGUAUUUCACGGAAACUCUUUAUUCUAUUUUAGUAACGAGUGAAUUAACUCUUUGUUAAAGUGCAAGAACUCUUUACCAUGUAUCUGACCAAAAACAAGUUUAACUUUUUACUAAAGUGGAAUUAACAUUAAGUGAAUUGUAAAUAUCUGAAAGAGAGCUAAAAUAAGAUAUUUAAAAUUGAGUUAAAGAAUGCUUAAAUGUAUCUUAAAGUUAGUUAAAGUGAGGUAUUUUAGUGAUAUUUGUAUAAAAAAAUGAAGUUAUACGAAAUGAAAAGAGUUGUUGAGAUUAAAUUCUAGUAUAAAAUGAAUGAGGAGUUGAGAGAACACAGUACUGUAAUUUGGAAUAUAAACAAACAGGUUUUACUACAAGCAGAGAAUGACCCCCAAGGGCCUGGUGGGCCCGCCCCCCUACCCUCCUCAGAAGGAACUAACCACGCUCCUAUCCGUCCAACCAGGAGUAAACAUUCUCCCCCUUCAUCCAGACCUAGCUCACAAUAUAAUCAUCAGUUAAAGGGACUGGGCAGUGUUGAUGAGGCGUGGCAGAACCGAGAGAAGUGGGCGGAGUUCCGUCUUUACCUGGCAGCAAUAGAGGAGGGGCGGGACAGUGAGGAUAGACCUAUUCUGGCAGAUAGAUACGCAAUAUUUGUUGAGCUGUACGCAGAUCUUGACGCAGCUGAACGAAAUGAUGAACCCGUCAGUUCAAGGUUGAACUUGUUCAAACAAAUUACGCAGCAUGACGAACAGUUCUUUGGAAGAGAGAGAUGCUUAAAGUGCCUGGACAGCGGUAAACGUGGUGAAGUAUUAAAGGGGAUAAAGGGGGUCAAUUCAGGAGGUGCACCCCCUUCCACACAGGUUUUCAUCCAUGUAUAUCCAAGGGUUGUAGACAGGCUAAGUGAACUUCUUGGCAAUUAUCAGAAUUCAUUGAUCGAAAAAACAAACCAAGCAGAAAACAGAUAGCUGAGCAGAACACACAGAUAGCUGAACAUAACAUACAGAUAGCUGAGCAUAACAUACAGAUAGCUGAGCAUAACACACAGAUAGCUGAGCAGAACACACAGAUAGCUGAGCAGAACAUACAGAAAGCUGAGCAGAACAUACAGAUAGCUGAGCAGAACAUACAGAUAGCUGAGCAGAACAUACAGAUAGCUGAGCAGAACACACAGAUAGCUGAGCAUAA